ACAGCGGAGUUCUGGGAAUCUAAGGCAAGAAGACCUCGCAGAGGCUACAUUCCAAAACGAGCCCAUAUACUCAAACCAAAACAUCUGUCGAACGCAAACAGCCAUCAUGUCCUCCCACGAGACCCUUUCCGCCGCCGCCAACGACCGCAAAGCCCGCCUCGCCCAACUCAAGUCCCUAAAACGCAAACAAGCACCCGACUCCUCCGACCUACCUGUAGCCUCCGCGCUAGAAGAUGGCCCCUCGCUUACCCCUUCCACCGCCCUUACCUCCACAAAAUCGCCCUCACCCUCCGAAGAUCGCGCCAUCGCGAAAGCCUACCUCAGCGGGCGCAACUACGACCCCGAAACGCGCAACGUCAAGCUCGGCUUUGAAGCGACGCCUAUUGCCGACCCAACCAACACCCUCGAAUACAAAGCCGAGCAGCUGGCGCUAGAAACUCGGAAAAAGCAGGAGGAAGAGAAGAUAGCGGACCAGCCGCUCGACCUGUUCAAGUUGCAGCCUAAGAAGCCGAAUUGGGAUCUAAAGAGGGACCUGCAGGAGAAGAUGAGGGGGCUGGAUGUCCAGACUGAGAAUGCGAUUGCGAAGCUGGUGAGAGAGAGGGUGGAGGCGCAGAGGAAGGAGAGGCAGGCAGAGGAAGGAAGGAAUGGAGACGGGGAGGGACAGGAGGUCGGGAUGGGUGGCAGUGAGCUGGUGGAGGCAAUGCACCUGAAGGAGCGGGAGGAAGAGGAGGAGAGGAAACGGGACGUGGCGGAUGAGGACGUCAGUUGAAGCGUGGUGGGCCGACUGGCUUUCAUAGCCUCAGGUCAAUCUUGGACACGGGCAGGCUUUAAGACACCCAGGAACAUGCGGGGCUCCGCGCGCGCAAGAAGCAUGCUAGAACGCGCGGAUUGGAGGGAGGCUGAAGGCCUUAAUUGAAUCACAUUCAAAUGCGCACAGAAUGUUUCAGAGGACACUACAAUUGUGUCAUUCUUCGCAGGGUAUCUAGAUAGCCACGAUAAAACAAGACUGUCCGAGCCUUGAACGCUUUUGUCUCUCGUUCUCCAUAGCGACCUCCGCUAAGCAGCGAAAGCCAAGCCAUUAAACUUCUAAAGCAAUGUCAACCUU